CCGGCGCGCCCACACCCGCCCCGCCGGAGAGGAGCCGCCACCUCCCGCCGCGACAGCAGCACCACCGGGAGGGGACGCCCCUCGCUGCCGCCGCCUCUGGGCCCUCAGACCGACGCGCCCGCUCUUGCAGAAGCAUCUGCCGGGAGGGAGUGAAUUAAAGCGCCGGCAGAGGAGGACCGGAGCGGGCCAGGCAGGCGGCGCUGCCGGCGUGUGAGGCGCAGCCGCCCCGGCUCUGGUUGCUAUGGCUCCGGCUCGGCGGGGCAGACACCAUAGACACACACCCGGCAGCCUAGAGUGGCCGCAGCCCGCCGCGCCUCCCGCCGGCAGCCGCGCUUCCGGCCAAGCGUUUCCGGCUCCUCCUGGUACCGGAGGAGGAAGAAAAUAAAGCUGGAGAAGGGGCGCUGCCCCGCCUGGCUUCCUCCUUCCCCUCUCCCUUCGUCCCUCCCCCCUCAGCACGACGCCCCCGGGGCCGCAGCGGUGCCGCCGGCAGGAAGGUGCAAUGGCUCAAGAGUCUCCCAAAAACUCAGCAGCAGAAAUUCCUGUGACUAGCAAUGGACAGCUGGAAGAUUCUCACGAGCACAGCUUUAACAGGGUAAUUUUUUGUUUUAACCUAAAGCAGUAUGCAUUGCACCACAAAACUUCUGUGCCAAGUUGUCAAGGGUCUUUUUUUCCUAUUGACUUAUGGAAAUGGCAAGCUAAGUACUGAUUUUUAGGAGGCAGCUCAAGAAAGAGGCAAGAAACCAUUACCACUUGGUAUUGUACUGUUACCACACUGCUUGGGAAGAGUGUGUGAGCACAGUAGAGUUUAGAACACUUGAACUCCAAUAUACUGACUUCAGUUACCUUCUUGGGAAGCUGGGGAACAAGGUUAUCUUAGUUUCUUGUUUUCUUAUUGCUGUGGCGAGGGAGCUAUUCAUCUAGGUGUUGUACAAUUCAGAUGUAAACAGUAAAACAUGAUUUCUUCCAUAUUUUUUUUAAUUAGGUCUUCUACAGCUAUUGUGCGACAAACACUUGAACAGCUUUGAUUGUAUGUUUUUGAUAGACUGAGUAAAGAAAUAGUUGUACAACCUCUGCUUCAGGUUCUCUGAUUACAAAACUAAACUUUCCUCUAGACUUACAUUCUGUUUAGCACUUCCAUCAGACCUCGUCCAUAAGCUGCUCAGGCAUGAAAAGACACAUUUAUUUUCUGCCAGAUGCGGCAUUUGUAUGCACUCAAGCAUGAGAAGUAUUUAAUUUUGCAAGGCAAUGCAGUGCAAAUUUAUUUUUUUUUAACCUGGAAAUAGCAAGUAGGGUUGCUCCUCCUUUGGAGAAAAAUGCCAUUAUUUUUGCAGAGCAUCAAACAGCAUAGAUUGCCAUAAUGUCAUUUCAGAAGGAAGCAUAUUAGUUCCAGUCUUGUGGGAAUGCGAUGUAGCACUACGUGAUGCAUCUUCUUGUUUCCUUAUGUCUAAGAAAAAGAAUGAAAAGCAUAUUUAUAAGAUAAAUUAAAUAAGCAUUUGCCUAACUGUGAAGUCUUGUUCAGAAAUAUGCCACUACAUUCUAAUUCUGUCUUUUUUGUAAUAAUAAGAGAUGCCUGUGGAAUUCUGACAAGUUUUGACCUGCCUGUAUGAUGGAUGAAAAUUUUUUUAACUAAAAAGGGUGUAGCUUCUAACAGCAUUGGAUGAAAUGUCUGAUGUCCUUUCAUUACAAAAAAGCUUGACCCAGUGCUUUUCAGCUCUCCAAGCUCUGUUGAAACUCACUUAAAUGUUAAAAACCUGGUGUGUAGAAGCAUUUGCCAAUGUUUGCAUGUUUGUUACUGUCUUAAUAACAGAGGACUUCAGCAUUUCCUAAUCAAACAUGUUUUUCUUACUACUUUGUACAAGAAAACUCAACGUAAAACUCAACAUACAACUCAACAUACAUUGGUUUAUGUUCUUCAUUGGUUUAUUUCUUUUACCCUUGACCUUGAGAACAGUUUUCCUCACAUGCUAUUAUAAUUAUGUGAUUACAAUAGUGGGGUUUUAAUGUUGCUGAGGGAAUUGGGAGCUGAGGAGUCUGGGAAGGAGUAAGGAAGUGUAUUAUUCUUAAUUCAAUAAAGUGCCAUAUAGCGUGAAAGCUUUAUAGGAAUAAGUUAAAUUAAUCAGAAAACUGUUUGGUGUGCCUGCAAAUCAGGCAGCUGUAAGCUAUUUGUUAUGUUUAAACUAUUGUACAAAAUCAAUGUGAAGUUCUUCUGAGCCUCUGAAAUUGUUGUUCCAGUUGUUUCCUUUCAUUUUCAGUAUAGAUUCUCUUCUCUGGGCUCUUUUUGUACUCUUAUGGGGACAAAACUGUUACUAAAAGCUUGUAUAUAAUACCAGUAAUAAACUUUAGGCUGAAAAGAUAAAGUAACUUCGUUGUGAGUCUUCAAUUGAUCUUCUUAGAAUUCUGAAAUAAGUUCUGGGAUCUGAUGACUUUGAGUGCGUGUGUUCAGUAUCUUGUUCUGUGGUUGUAUUGCUAGGUUGCGCAAAUAGACAAGGUGAAGUCUUUUUUGUCUUUUGCCUUCUGAAAAAAAUGCCAGCACUGUCACUCACAUUCUACCUGAACCAUCUGAGUUCAUCUCUUAGGUUUUGCUAGGUUGACUGAUAUGGUUAGAUUUUUACACUGGAAAUUAUAUUUUAAUUAAUAUAGACAGAUUUAAAAUACAUUUCUGUGUGUCAGUUCUAGAAAACUGUUUCUAGGAGAUGAAGAAAAAAGAUCAGUCUUUGUUGCCAAGUAGUCUGUUUCAUACAGUCUUAAAAAACAACAAUAUGAAUGUUAAUGAUGAAAGUAAAAGGGUUGCUAAUUUAAAACUUUAUUGUAGUAUGUCAUUAGGUAAGUCAAAAGGGAUGAAGAAGAAGGGUCUUCUGAGUGAAGAGCAAUGUAUUGGAGAGCAGAAGUGGGUCAGUCCAUCUUAUUUGCCACUUAGCAUAGAAAAAAGCCUCAGCUCUCCUCCCAUUUAUUUUUAUGCUUGAAUUUAUAUUGAUGUGAGGAUCUAGUAGUUGAAUUUGUGUAAAAUAGGAGCUGAGUGACCUAAUAGCGCAAGAAAAAGAAGAAAAUGCUGAAUACAUACAGGCAGUCCUACUUGCACACAAAUUAGGGUAAUAAGUUGAAGUUGAGAGCCAGUUAUCUUACUGGAUAGAUAUGUUUAUCUACGUAACACUUUGUUUCAUGGCACUUGUAAUCUUUAAAACUUUAAACUGUGAGCUUUACAAUCAGAUGUGUUACAAAUUUUUCCUGAAGGUAACUUGAGUAGUUUUAUUUAAAGUGUUGUCCAUCAUUAAAAAAUAACCAUGCAUAUGGUUGUUCCCAGUUUAGUUGCUCCACUUUUAAUAGACUACUUGAACUAGGUAGUGGUGUGGAGGUUUUAAAAUACCUUUAUUCAAAGUAAUAAAAGCAAGCAAACCCAUAUCUAUUCCUGUUGGUACUAAGCAAAAGAUAAUGCUUAGUAAUUCAUUAAUAAUGGACUGACACAACUAAGAAAUUAAUACAGUGUUGUUUGCUUACUUGUGCCUUAGUUUCCAGUAAGUAUCUACAAAGUAAGUUUCUACAGGUAAAGCAGCAAUGCAAUUCUGUUCUCUUUCCCCUCUUCAUUUUAGCUUAUUAUGGGUGGGAUGCUUACUAUAGCAUGGAUGGGGAAGUAUCUUUUGGGAAAUGGUACUGUAACCCAACCAACGUUUCUUCAUGAGCAUGCAUUCUGAGCGACUCCUUUGCCGUGUCUGCUGUCUUAACAGGAUUGAUAUGUCAAAAAGCCUUACUGGUUCAUCUAGGUGAUCUGUAUAAUAAACUGAUGAAUAUCCCUGUGAGUAACGUAAAUAAGGCUAACCUCACUAAAAGAUGUUUAGUUUAAUAUAGUGACUUGAACUAAUUAAAAUGGGAUUUUAACACAGGGUUAAAGUGGUUUAAAUGCUCUGUACAAUAUAGGUUUGCAUGGUCUUGACUAGACCUAACAAAGCUAGUGCAGCUGUUCUGUGUACCUUUAUUUUAUGCUUUUGCUGCUUUGAGCUCUUAGCGUGCUAAAUGGCUGAGAAUAGGGCAGGUGAUCCAACCUUUUGACUUCUUGGAAAUCUGAGUUGUAGAAUUUUUAUACCUCUAGCUCUGGGUCUCAGUGGAGUUACCAUAUUAAAAUAGUUCACUAGAUGAUAAUUGCAUGAAUGUGCAAUGCUUUCAGCCUCAUAAGAUUGGAGGUGAUGAAUUAAGCUGAGGAAGGGGGGGAAGUGGUAGUGAUCCCUUAACAGACUUGUGACUUUGAAAUGUAUCAGCAAAUUCUGAUGAAUUCUAAAGACUUGAUUUCCCUUUUAUGAAAAAGGAGGGAGAUCACUUAGAGUUUGAAAGCAGAUCUUGUGAUCAUCAAACUCUUCCUCUUAACUAGAAAAGCAAUAUGUAGUCAAAAUAUAGUCACCUUAUAGUAGGGGAAUCUGUCUUUACUUCCCCUAUUGUAACAGCAAACCUACAUUGGGUGGGAACAAAGCAAGCUUUACAUUGCCUUCUUGCCACUCUAAAAUCCUUAAGUACUGUCAUACCUUCUCAUGAAUGUGAAGCUUUGUGCAUGUCUUUUCUUAAUCUAAGGCUGUUUCUAAAUUACCCUUCAUAAAUUAUUGAAGGGAUAGACUGCUUUGUCAGAAUGAUUGCCGAUUUUGGGGUAGCUCUUUUUGUUUAUCUAUACUUGUGUAAAAAAUAAAAAAAAGCAAUCAUGUUGAAAGAAUGACAUGUUAAAAAUUGAAGCUUACAUGCAGAAGUGUGUCUUCACUGAACAGUAACCUGUGUGUUUAUAAACAACAAAAAGGUAGUGUGUUGAUGAUCACUGACUUCUUGAUGACAAUUCUGGUCAUGUGUAAAUCAAGAAAUGGUAAAUCUUUCUUUUAAAUUCAUAUUCAAGGAUAUGUUUCUUCAGCAGAGUGUAUUUCAGUUGGUUAAUGUAAGUGUUUAAAAUGGGUUUGAAUGCAGUUCUUUGCGUUGGACUUUGCCUUUUUCCCAAUGAAAAAAGUGUAGCUCUCUUCAAACAAGUCUGUUUGUGUACAUAUACAUACAUAUGUAUACAUUUAUGUAAAUACCCUGUUGCGUAUGUAAACACAACUGUAGAUCUUAAUAAUUUCCAUGAUCCAAAUAUCAGAGUUUUAUUUAAGAGAAGGAUGUGUUAUAAUAUUCUGGUUUAUUUAACUCUGUAGUUUGUUCAGCCUGUGUUUAGCUUGAAAUUAGAAUUAAGUUGAAUGUACAGAAGUAGUACAAUUGCUUAAGUUUAUAUCUAAACUUUUGUCUUUACAAAGCAGAUGUUCUGCGUUUUAACCUUAAAUACAGAUGAUUGCUUAGAUUCCUAUUGCGAACAUGCUUCAGCAGGUUAGCUGUCUAUGUUUAUUUGGCUACAGAUUUAGAUAUUUCCAAAAACUGUACAAUGUGCCAAGGUGCCUUCAGGAAAAAAAAAAAAAAAGUUGAUGCCAUGUCCUUUUUGUUAAAUCAAUGCAUCUUCUCCUCUGCAGUCUGGUUAUCCUCUUUCAAGUCUCUCUGCUUUUUCAGCUCCUAGUGACUUGCUACAUUUUGAGUUAAAUGGACUCAGUCUAUUAGCUAAACUAAGUUGAAGCAAAGGCUUUCCAGCAUACCACCAACUGUGAGUACUUAAAUGGAAGCACCAGUGUUAAGUCAGUUGUGAAGACUGAAAACAGUAUGUAUCCAAUGUUGUGAUAUGCUUAAUUUGUGAGAUCAGGUUCUGCAUGUGACUACUUUUUGUUAUUCAUGCUGGGGUUUUUUGGUUGGUGGUUGGUUGGUUGUUUGGGGUUUUUUUGGUAUAAUGCUUCACUAACAUACCAAAUAUAAUUUUAGGUAUACACAAUAUACACAAAUAUAGCAUAAUUUAUUCUUAAAUAGGUAGCUCAUGUGAGUGAAAGUAUGGCUAUUGGAAUUGUUGCUCUGAUUGCAGUAACAUCCUGGGUUUUUUGAUGUCAACAAGAUUUCUGUUCUGCUGGAAUUCAUAUGUUUGUAGCUCUUCCUUUUUUCUUCCUGCCAGGAGUUUGCCUUAAACUAAAGACAACUAACUGAGUCUGUGGGGAUGUGAUCCCAAGCUGCUUCUUGACAAUCUGAGCCUCUAGGCAGUAUCAUUCUUAGGCACUAGCUUGCUUCUGGUUUGUGCAUCGAGCAACUACAGUAAUACAUCAAACAUGAAUUGGAUUUUAAAGCUUGUGUUUUCUUUGUAAUUAGAAGCAUUGCAUAUAACAUAAAUAGUUACUGCACAUGUCCAGACACUGACAUCUUAAAGCUAUGUAUAGUUUUUCCCUGCAAAUUUCAGUAUUGCUUCUGUAUGCUUUUUCAUCUUUUUUGCCUCUGUAUGGAAGCAGAGGGGGUGCAGAAGAGUACGUGACUCCAGAAACUGCCAGUUUUCCAAUUUCUUGAUGCUUAAUUUUUUUUUAAAGCAUGUUUUACUUAUUUGCUUUCACUUCCAGAGUAGGAUUUUUCUCACUUUUCACUUUUAUGAACUAGUGGUUGUAAAUUGUUUUGAAUACGUGAACCUUUUUAAACCUCUGAGUAUGUUCCAUAACACCAGAGGCUUAAACUUCAGUUAGAUGUCUGGAAAUAUAGUCCAGGAAACCUUUGGGAGUUAUUUGUAGAGGUGGGUGAGAUGGCAAAACUGGGCGGUAGGAUGGUAUGUGAAUUAUGGUGUAUGAAUUCGUAGCUCAGUACUAGGCCUGCUCUGGGUUUCUGUGAAGACUUCUGCUGCCUGAAAGUUGGUUGUACUGGUUAAUCUAUCUCUCAGAAGUUAAACAAGGUGAUCUUGGGCAAUUUUAAAUCCAUGAGUUCCAAAAGCAAACAUAAGUAAAUGGCAAUUUUGUGCUGUGAGCAUUUGUGGUAUAGAGUAAGUGCUCAGAAGGAAGCUGUUGAAGUGAUGAUGCCUUUUGGAUGUUUCUCCCAUGUCAAAUAUUAGAGAGAUUUCAUGUGCUAUUUGUAGAAAUUAAGGUUGAUGAGAAUUUUAAAACUAUUUCUUGCUCAUUGCUUUGUUUGUUUGUUUUAACUUUAACAUUGAUAGUUGUUGCACAUUUUUGGAUUGUAAGAUGUUGUCUGCACUUAGUUUUAGGUUAUUCUGCACCCCUAUCAUUUUUUAACUGGAAACAUUACUAAGCUGAUUGAUUAUUAAACUGGUUGGUUGGACCAGCUUCAGACCACAUAAUACCAUAUUUGGGGCCACAUUUUGGUAACUGGUGCUCUAAGAGAUGGCAUUCUGGUUGUUCAUCAAUAUAAACAAAUAUUCUAGAAUACAUACACAGGCUACAAUUAGUGUUUCUUGCUCAUUUAUGUUUUAUUUGUGCAUUGCAGUAGAAUGCUGUAACACCAGUGAAGAUGUUCCAGGCUAAAGGCAAAAUUGCCUGUCUGAGAGCUGCGGGAAUUGCAUUAUAAUACUUUUGAGUCACUUUUAUCUUUCUGAAACAUUAACUUUCCCAUUUUAUUCAAAUAUUUCCAAGGACUUGAAACAUUCAUUACCAGUUGAACUUGGACUUUCUGAAACCAAAAUAACAUCUCAUGGCUUUGACAGCACCAAAGAGGGAGUCGUUGAGGCGGGACCAUUUCCAGGAAAAGGGGGCAGAGCUCAACAGAAGAGCGGACCAGUUGUGUUAGCAGAUGAAGUAAAGAAUCCAGCAAUGGAGAAACUGGAAUUGGUGAGAAGAUGGAGCCUAAACACUUACAAGUGUACACGGCAGAUCAUCUCUGAAAAAUUGGGUCGUGGCUCAAGAACAGUAGAUCUGGAACUAGAAGCUCAAAUAGAUAUAUUGAGAGAUAACAAAAAGAAAUACGAAAAUAUCUUGAGACUAGCACAGACGCUGUCCACACAGCUCUUCCAGAUGGUACAUACCCAAAGGCAACUUGGAGAUGCAUUUGCUGACCUGAGUUUGAAAUCAUUGGAACUUCAUGAGGAGUUUGGCUACAAUGCAGAAACGCAGAAACUUCUAGCUAAAAAUGGAGAAACUCUUCUUGGGGCUAUUAACUUUUUUAUUGCCAGUGUGAAUACAUUGGUGAACAAAACAAUUGAGGAUACAUUAUUGACUGUGAAACAGUAUGAAAGUGCCAGGAUUGAAUAUGAUGCGUAUCGAACAGACCUAGAAGAGCUGAAUCUUGGCCCUCGUGAUGCAAACACUCUGCCAAAGAUUGAGCAAUCACAACAACUGUUUCAAGUGCAUAAAGAGAAAUACGACAAAAUGCGUAAUGAUGUAUCUAUCAAAUUGAAAUUUUUGGAAGAAAAUAAGGUUAAGGUAUUGCACAAUCAGCUUGUUCUGUUCCACAAUGCCAUCGCGGCGUACUUUGCUGGGAAUCAAAAGCAGCUUGAACAGACACUUAAACAGUUCCACAUCAAAUUGAAAACGCCUGGAGCAGAUGCCCCAUCCUGGCUUGAAGAACAGUAAUUGGACCAGAGACGAGGACUCAAUGUUAACCUAAAAUCUUUAAAUCUGAUAAUAAUCAAGGGUUGGGGUUGAAGGACUGUUGUAGUGAUUCUUGCACAGACAGCUUUAAUUAUUUUCCCCUUUUAUAAUACUGUAAAACCGAAUUUGGUGGGAAAGGGGGUGACUUUAAGGUAACCAAACAUGAUUUCUGUCAUUUCAUAUGCACUCCUUUUGUACGUAAAGGUUGGUGGUUAUUUCUGUAACUGGGAUGGGGGGGAGGGAGGGAAAACAAAACUAUUAUAGAUUUGCACUGACAAAUGAUGUUUGUGAUUUCUGGUCAUUUUGGUGGCUAGUCAAAAUAUUUGCAAAUGGAGGUUUACAUGAUUUGUACCAACACCUGGUAUUUUAUAGAUGAAUAUAGAAAACAUCUUUAGUAAUUUUCAUAUGACUUUUAAAAAGGAGAGAGUUAAAAGAGUAUUUUGCAGAUUAAUAAUAUAAGGCCUAUAUGCGAUACCUGCAUGUAAGGCAACUGUAGCAGAUGGCUCAUUGACUAGUGGAAUUACGGCAAAUGCCUUUUUAAAAGAUAUACCUUUCCAUUAUAGGUUCAAAGAAACCCAGAAAAACACUAAAGCAAGAAUCACUGUCAGUCUGAGGCUUCUAAGCACACAUUUUUGCUUUGCACCAAGUGGUUUGCUGAGUGAAGCCAACCAUUCAAUGUACUAAUCUCAUUUAAAAUUUUACUUUCUGUAUGAAACAAAUACCGUACUAGCCUUAAAUCACAGGUAUGUGCCUUUUUAUAAGAUAAUAUUUUCCAUCAGUGUACAUAAUCCAAGAACCCUUUCAUGUAAUGGUUAGUCAGUUCCCAGUAAGGGGAAGGAGACUGUGUAAAUGCUGUUUUAUCGUACACUUAGAGCAAGUUAAAGCUCUGGUUAACCUUUAUGGACAGGUGUGAUUUUGAGAGAGGACAUCCGGCCAGUAUGGUUUUUCUGUUUAGUUGAAAAGCAGACAUUGGUAAUGGGAUGGAGGAUACUUUUUUAAUUUCUCCAUUGAUCGUGUAGUCCUUAAAUGUAAAAUUCUAUGUCAGUUUUAUCAUAGACAUUUUAAAUUCAGUAUAUUGGAGUCCUCAUUUGCACGUUAUGUUGCUUUGUGUUCUAUUAAGUAAAAUGAAAUACUUCAAAUAUGUUAAUUACAGUGGUGUGGAUUGUAUGAUUUAUGUACUGUAUGUUCAAAUGCCUUUCAGCUGACAUUCUUAAAGUUUUCAGUGCUUAACACGACUGUAAUGUAACUGUAAAUCAAACUUUGUAAUCAUUCCUCAUUAAAUUCUGGGCCCGACAGAGCCUUCUUUAUGUUUUUGUUCUGUCAUAAUCUCUUGUAAUAGUUCAUUUAUGUUCCUCAGAAUGUAUAUCUUAUGUGAAUUUUGUAUUCAUAUUAAAGGUGUUUGCAGUCAAA